GUGAUAUAGUGGCUUGGCCUGCUAGCAAUCUAGCUACCAUGAAGCUCGCUUUGUCUUUUGUCUUUUUUGCCAUCGCUUUGGUACAGAUGACGGCAGCAGCGCCCGUCGUCGACAACAGUGUGGAGCAGGACCUCGAAUCUCGUGGCGGCGUAUGGUAUACCCUUGACUGGCACAUUGAAUACGAGUCCCCUAAGGCUGAAGUCGUCGAGAAGCGCACGGAGCAGAACCUCGAAUCUCGUAUCAAAGUCCCAUAUGACCUUGCUUAGGACUCCUUUGAUGUCGAAGAUGAUUCAAUCUCGACUACAGCAAGUCUUUAGUUCGGCUCUGGAGUCUCGGCCCUUUUUAAAUAAUUAUCGCCGUUAGCAUAAGAUUAGAAGCUCGGGGUUGUGGAUCCCGGCAGCGAGUAGAGUUGACUUUCCAUAGUGCGAAUUAGUCUAGCAACUAUCGACAUUUACCAUCACUAUAACCCACAGUUU